AUGAACUUCGCCGAAUUGCAGCGCAUGUACCUGCGCGCCCUGCAGAUCGACCUGGUCAACAUCGUCACCGACUUGCAAUUCAAGAACGCAAUAGAGCUGGAAACCCUUGGGGUGAUGAGUAAGAUGGACAGUACGCUGAGGACGUACAUACAAGCCGUCCGUGACCACAAAUACAUGACCGAUGCCGCGCAGACGGCUGAAGACCCCUUUAUCGUGUCGUCUGAGCGGGGCGCUGACUGCAGUGUCCUGGAACAUGCCAUGACACGUGCGAGAAAGGGCCUACAGGAACUUGACCCUGAGUUCAAGAAGGAGAUUAUUCCAACCGGCCCCUGGUCUCGAGUCGCUGAUGGGGAAGAUGCUCUCCCGAUAGGGGGGACCCGCCACGAAAGUCUGGCGCGCCUACGUCAUCACGACUUCUCGUUAAGGGCCCUUGCAGGCGCUCUGGGUGCCGCGUUCCUGAUAGGGCCGAUGUGGUUGCUGGCCCUCAAGCCGGACCUUGUCUUCGACCUUGCGGCGACUACCGUGUGCGUGACGCUCUUUGGACUGCUGUUGGCUGUCAUUGUGGAGAAGCCAGAUCAGGUGUUCGCUGGAACGUUGGCUUAUGCGGCUGUGUUGAUGGUUUUUGUUGGGGUGAUCAUCCAGGAGACGAGCGGUUAG